AUGUUCAUCACGUUGCGGCACUCGAGCAACCACCCUGACAUGGAGCAGGUGGUGGCCAUGGGCGCUAACAUAGCCCAUGAUCCGCGUCACGGGCGUCUUUCCCGACGACCGUCUUGCAUCAACUGUCAAAAACGAAAGCUUCGAUGCACCGGUUCUGAAGGGGAUUGCGAUCGAUGCGUCUCCAGAUCGGUUACCUGCGUCUUUCCCCCCAGCAAUGGGAGAAAUCGCCAGAGACACGCUUUGAAGAAGAACUUUAGGACAGAAUCACCGAAGACGCUAUCGAAAGUAGAUAGUAGUGAGGAAGUCAUAUCGCCAGAGCCAUCUGAAAAGGACGUCGGCCACAAUCUGCCCACACCCAGCGUUUCUCCGUCGGAGUCUGAAGCUGUGCGAGAAACUUUACAGGACACAACUUUUUACAAUGACGUGACACAAUUGACGGUUGACCUAGAGGCACUUAGCCGUAACAUGCAAUUAGACACAUUUCCGGCGGCAAUCGAUCCCAGGUUACAGUGCCUUGAUGGCACGAGCGGCGCAUUUCAGAUUGUGGAAGAUGUGCCACAGGUUCCGUCUGAUGAACUGGACCUACUUCGCGUCGACUCGCUUGAUAGAUCAACCGAUCUACCUGUGCAGGAGGCAAUUCCAAAUUUUUCCAAUAAUAACUCCUUAGCAUCAAGCCCAACUAAUCCUACCGGCGAGUCCGUCCUCUGGAAUACCCCGGGAUGCCUCUGCAUCUAUAGCACCGUGGGCAUCAUGCAGCAGCUCGACGACGAGUUCAGCAUUAACUCUCUCACCCUGGACCAGAUCGUGCAGCUCCUGAAAUGGGGCAUCGCGCAGUGCUCCAAACCUGUCGACUGCCCCAACUGCCAAAUACUUCUGACUGUCGACUCCGUACUGGUUAUCAUCUGCGAGCGUCUCGUGGAGAUGUUCGAGUGCGUUUCGCGCCGACUCCGCCUUGUCCACCAGCGCUUGGCCGAACCGGGCAUCGCUACUCCGGAGAGCGAACAGUCCCCGAGCGACACGUCAGAUCUCGAGUCUUUUGCACUGGGGCUUUCCGGCGGCCAGGUGUCGAGUACUCCUGGCAUCUUCUCGGAUGAAUUUCAGACUAGCUACUCGUACGAGGAGCAGGUCUAUAUAAUCCGGGUGUUGCUGCGGCUGCAGUUACGGAAGUUUCGCGCCUUGCUCAGCCGUCUGGACGGCGUGAUGCAGAUCGUCGGAAGCGAGACGCAGCGACUUAAAGUGCUGGUGAUCAUGCAGCGGCUGAACAAGGCAGCGGUCUGUAUUGAUAACUCGUUGCGGGUGAUGCUGCAAUGCCUUUCCUGA